AUGUCUCCCUCGUUGGAUCUGCCUCCCAAGGGUGGCUUCAGUUUUGAUCUAUGCCGAAGAAAUGCAAUGCUUGAAAACAAGGGUCUCAAGGCCCCAACCUUUUUGAAAACUGGGACCACUAUUGUCGGUUUGGUUUUUCAGGAUGGUGUCAUUCUUGGAGCUGAUACUAGGGCAACUGAAGGACCUAUAGUGGCUGAUAAGAACUGUGAGAAAAUUCAUUAUAUGGCACCCAACAUAUAUUGCUGUGGAGCAGGAACUGCUGCUGAUACAGAGGCUGUAACAGACAUGGUUAGCUCACAGCUACAACUACAUCGCUAUCAUACUGGUCGAGAAUCACGAGUUGUUACAGCUCUGACCCUUCUUAAAAGACAUCUAUUCAAUUAUCAAGGUCAUGUCUCAGCUGCUUUAGUGCUUGGUGGGGUUGAUAUCACUGGACCUCAUUUGCAUACAAUUUAUCCACAUGGGUCAACUGACACCCUUCCAUUUGCUACAAUGGGAUCAGGUUCACUUGCUGCAAUGUCUGUAUUUGAGUCUAAGUACAAGGAAAGUUUGAGCCGGGAUGAAGGGAUAAAGCUAGUUGUGGAGGCAAUAUGUGCUGGUAUAUUUAAUGACUUGGGAAGUGGAAGUAACGUUGAUGUUUGUGUGAUAACUAAGGGACACAAGGAAUAUCUCAGGAACUACCUUCUACCAAAUCCCCGUACCUACGCCAAUCCAAAAGGCUUUGAGUUCCCCAAAAAGAUAGAGGUCCUCUUAACGAAGAUUACUCCAUUGAAGGAGAAGGUUGAAGUGAUUGAAGGGGAUGCCAUGGAAGAGUAA